CUGACAGUUCUCAUGGCUGUCAUCCCUGAGUCUAGAUAAAAAGUUCCAGGUCCUUCCGUGUCAGGCAAAUCUGGAAGUUGGGCUUGCGCACACCGCUCGGCUCUCCUUGCGACAGCGCCCUCAUCCCCGGUGUUUCUCAAGUAGACGGUCGCUGAGGCACUGUUUCCACGCGAUCAGGGUUCCUCAGGCUUGACAUUCAAAAGUGGGUUGAGGGUGCGGAACCCGCGGCGCUCGCAGCCUGUUUUAAAGCGGCCGCCAGCCAGUGCCGCUGUAACCCCGCGCCCCGGCUCCCGCCCUGCAUCUGCGCCGACGCGACCGAGCGAUCCCGGGGCCUCCCCGCGCCGGGAAUCUCCCGCCAGCCGCGCGGGUCCCCACGGCAGCGGCACGUGGAGCGGCUGCGGAGCCUGAGCGACAGCUGCAGCCCGCGCGGCCCGCGGCGACAUGGAGGAAGAUAUACAACCAAACGCGGAGCUGAAAAGCACCGAGGAACAUCCUCUGCCCACAGAGAGCCCAGAAGCUCUGAAUGACUACAGUUUGCCCAAGCCUCACGAGGUAGAAAACGUGGACAGUACAGAAGCCCCAGCCAAUGAAGAUGAAGAUGCAGGAGAAGACUCGAUGAAAGUAAAAGAUGAAUACAGCGACAGAGAUGAGAGCAUUCUGAAGCCGGAGCCCAUGGGAGAUGCGGAAGAGAGUGAAAUGCCUUACAGCUAUGCAAGAGAAUACAGCGAGUAUGAAAACAUUAAACUGGAGAGACACGUGCCGUACGACAGCAGCAGACCAACUGGUGGGAAGAUGAACUGUGAUGUGUGCGGAUUGUCCUGCAUUAGCUUCAAUGUCUUGAUGGUUCAUAAGCGAAGCCAUACUGGUGAACGCCCAUUCCAGUGUAAUCAGUGCGGGGCAUCUUUUACUCAGAAAGGUAACCUCCUCCGACACAUUAAACUGCACACAGGGGAAAAACCUUUUAAGUGUCACCUCUGCAACUACGCAUGCCAACGGAGAGAUGCGCUCACGGGACACCUUAGGACACAUUCUGUGGAGAAGCCCUACAAGUGUGAGUUCUGCGGAAGAAGCUACAAGCAGAGAAGCUCCCUGGAGGAGCACAAGGAGCGCUGCCGUGCUUUUCUUCAGAACCCUGACCUGGGGGAUGCCGCAAGUGUGGAGGCACGACACAUCAAAGCCGAGAUGGGAAGUGAAAGAGCUCUCGUUCUGGACAGAUUAGCAAGCAAUGUGGCUAAACGCAAAAGCUCGAUGCCUCAGAAGUUCAUCGGUGAGAAGCGGCACUGCUUCGAUGCCGGCUACAAUCCCGGCUACGUGUACGAGAAGGAGAACGAGAUGAUGCAGUCGCGGAUGAUGGACCAAGCCAUCAACAACGCCAUCAGCUAUCUCGGGGCCGAAGCCCUUCGCCCCUUAGUCCAGACUCCGCCUGCUCCCACCUCUGAGAUGGUCCCAGUCAUCAGCAGCGUGUACCCCAUAGCACUUACUCGGCCCGAUAUGCCCAAUGGGGCCCCACAGGAGCUGGAAAAGAAACGGAUCCUCCUGCCGGAGAAGAUCUUGCCUUCUGAGCGAGGUCUGUCCCCCAAUAACAGUGCCCAGGACUCCACGGACACGGACAGCAACCACGAGGAUCGUCAGAACCACAUCUACCAGCAAAGCCACGUGGUCCUCCCGCCGGCGCGCAACGGGAUGCCGCUUCUGAAGGAGGUCCCUCGCUCUUUCGAACUCCUCAAGCCCCCUCCCAUCUGCCUGAGGGACUCCAUCAAGGUGAUCAACAAGGAAGGGGAGGUGAUGGAUGUGUUUCGGUGUGACCACUGCCAUGUCCUCUUCCUAGAUUACGUGAUGUUCACCAUCCACAUGGGAUGCCAUGGCUUCCGUGACCCUUUCGAGUGUAACAUGUGUGGGUACCGAAGCCACGAUCGCUACGAGUUCUCCUCUCACAUCGCCAGGGGCGAACACAGAGUCAUGCUGAAGUGAACAUCCGUCUCGAUGCUCACGUCUAAGGGGUCAGCAUUGGUUUGAAGAAGUGAUGAUAGCCUACCCUAUCCAGUAGACUCAACUCAAACCCACAGUCCGGCCCAGUUAUGUUAGCUCUCAAUCAUGUCCGCAUGAGCAGUCAGGGAAAUGCUGUUCUCAUUCAGAAACUGUUUGCAGAGCUAUCAUGUUACUUUGUGAAACCUCCUCCCUUUCCCAUCAGUUGAGUUUGAUGGGAUUUAAAAGCCAAAGAAGUGUCUGGUUCAUUAUCUUUUGUAGCAAUAGACAGCCAGCCAUCCACUGGAGCUCCUGGCCAAUUGGAACAGUCCUCCGCGGGCUGCACGAGUCGUUCGCUGGAAUGCAGCAGCCAUAUGUGGAAAAGCCUUUUGAUCCUAUGCCCAGAUCCACACAGCGGAAGAGCUGACCAGCUGCCCUUGCCCUUGGGCACCAACGAAAGACGGAGGCUUAGCAUGUAGUCCCCCUCCCUUCACGCUGUAUCAGUAAGGAAGAGAUAGCCAUAGCCAUACAGUCAGGACCUGCUGCCAGUGAUAGAAGACCCUAUUCCACUUCCUGUCUCACGGGCAAGACAAAACUGAAGCCAUCUGAGGACCCUUCUGCUUUGCCUGCUGUCAUGAGGGAGAAUCUCGUACAAUUUGGCCUGAGCCAGAACCCUGAUCCUCCUGCCUCAGUCUGGAGGAACAUUCUACUCCAGAAGAACCAACGCUUUUAAAUAUUGGCUAUCAUUGAAACCACAGAGACAUCCACCGAGGGGUGGCAUUUGUCUCCUUUGAUUGAAAUUGAUAGAGCAAGUGGGGGUACAUAGCUUAGGGGUACAGUGCCUCCCGAGCUCAACCCCCACACCAAGAACAAAGGGGAGGAAAGAAAAUGGAGGAAAGAAAGGUUGGCCAAGCAGGGUGUGUAGGGACACAGCUGGUUGGCAGCUCUUGUCACCUUGGUGUAUUGGCUGAAAACCCACAGAACACUUGAAAGUGAUCUUAGGCAAAGGACUCAAAUGUGCACUUAAUUCCCCACCCCCACCCCACAGGCAGGGACAGAACCACAGAUGUCCUCUCAGGACAGUGUGACAUCACAUUCUCCUGGGCUAGACAUGAGUGGCUUUUAUUUAAUUAUUCUAUUUUUUUAUUUUAAUUUUUUGUUUUUUCUCGAGACAGGGUUUCUCUGUAUAACCCUGGCUGUCCUAGAACUCACUCUGUAGACCAGGCUGACCUCGAAUUCAGAAAUCUGCCUGCCUCUGCCUCCCAAGUGCUGGGAUUAAAGGCAUGGCCACCACUGCCCAGCAGUAUUCUAUUUUUCAAACAGGGUCUCCUGCUGCCCCGGCAAGCCUCCAGCUCACUUCUAGCUGAGGCUGGCCAGCAUUCUGCCCCUCCCACCUCAGCCUUCAGAGUGCUGGGGGGGAGGGGAUCAACAUCAUGGGGUCAGGCUUCUGCUGUCCUAAGUAGCCGCACAUCUCGCUGAGUCUUGGAAGGCUGAUCUUGUUCUGUAGAUGGGCCAGUCAGUCACCUUUGUCACAAAGGCACCAAGACAUCAGGAUUCUUGUAAAAAAAAAAAACAAAAAACAAAAAAAUACUCUCCAUAAAACAGGCACUGGAACAGAGGCCACAAGGCGCGCUCGCCAAGCUCAUAUUUGCUACGAUUUGGUUAGCUCUAAAAGUUAAAUGACCUCAACCACAAAAUAAGAGCUGGAGCCAGACCCUCUUGACAGCCCCUUACAGCUUUGAUACAUGAUUAUUCAAUAACCACAGGUUAUUUUUUUUAAUCUCUUGAUGUGUGGGCAUUAAGCAGACGAGUCUGCACGUGAGAAUGUGUUUCAUAUUUCUUUGAUGUGAAAAUGUAGUUGUGUUAAGUUUUUCCUUCAGCCACUGAGUCAUGACAGUGAAGGAGAUGGUGAGGGGGCCCCAAUAACAGGAAGGGUUUUGAUGGUGCCACCGUGUACACACGAGUUGGUAUCUUGCUCCUUGCCAGGGCCCUUUUCUUCCUUUCCUUUUAAAAGAACUUGUGUCAGGGAAAAUAAGUUCUGCUUACAGGGUCCGCUUCAUGGAGCCUAUUACAAAUUAAGAGCUAGCUUUUAUGAACAUUUCUUCCAGAGCCGAGAAUCCCAAACUCCUGGUAUAUUAGCGUUUUCCUUCUAAAGGGCUUAUGGAGUCAGCUCUCACUCAAUUCAUUUAUCCGAUGCCAGUAAUUAAAAUGUUCCACCUCAAACACACAAAUGGCUUAGCUUGCUUUGUAGCACGGUGUCUGUCUCAGGGUGGGGGUGGGGGAGGGUAUGAAAUUCCAUGGCAACAGUCCCGUGUGUCUGAGGCUUCAGCUUAAGGGCUGGGUGUCUUCAGAGCAUCCCAGCAGAAUCGGAUGUGAGCUGCACCACAUUGUUCAUGCCCACUGUGAAAGAGGACCUGCCUAUUCUAUGCUUGAGAUAUCUCACAUCCUGUCGUCUUGGAGGGGUGCAAAAAGAGGGCGUUGGGAAGCAGGGACUCGAAAGAAGAGAUGCAGAAAUGGGCAUUUCUACCAGAGUGAUGUUGACAUCCUCUGCAGGGGAGCAAGCCCGCAUGGGCAUGUGUACAUGCUUGUGUGCACGCACACACACACACACACACACACACACACACACUUUUUCAUCUUAAGAUGGUGGACUACCAUUCUACCAGCCUGGACACCCCGACAGAUCAGACUCUGACCUGUGACUGCGGACUUACUGGAUUGCAUCCCUCUCCUGAGGCUCCUUUUCUGAGCCUUGACCUUCACAGAAGCAUCUGGAGCCUGGGUAGGAGCCCUCAGCCCCAAGGGCCUGCUGGAGCUUGUAGACCUUGAGUCUGGCAGCAGAGCCCAGAGGGGUGCCGUGGUUAGUGUCGUGGUUAGCCCCACCUGUGCAUGUGAUCCUUGCUCUACCUAAGGGCCCCCCUGAUGGAGGUGGGGACUGAGAUGAGAAAGGGUAGAUUUGCAUCCUCCGUGGGGCUGUGAAGUCCUGGGGUAGCCUCAGCUUCCUCUUACAGAUGCCUCUGCCACGAGCCCUGUGGAUCUCGCCUUCCUUUCCCACCAGCCAUCUUAUAAGCAGACUUCCACCACACACCGCAGGGGCGUGGGGGGGCUGCGAUUUGGGGACCAACCAAACCUACAAGAAGUUCCAUUGCAGCCAAAGUGACAGAGUUGGGGUGAGGGUGGAAGAAGAGUAGAGAUUGCUCUCCAAGUGCUCCUCACCAUGGUCUGAAGUGCUACACAGAGCCUAGGGGACGUGUCCUUCCCAUGGCCACUCAGCAUUACCACCAGGAGAGGGAAGAGGCCACUGAUCUUCAUAAGCCUCAAGUCAUUCCCCCAAAGAAAGAGUGUCCUGGCUCUGACAAGCUAGCUAGCCUUGUCUCUGUUCUAGCUUGUCACUGCUGCCCAUUCUCAGCCCUUCAUGACUUUGCUUCUGAAUUCACCCAUGACAGACUUUCCACCUUUUAUGUGUUUACCUCUCUGGUUAAUCCAUCCAUAUUUAUACACACACACACACCACAUGCAAACACACACACAGACACACAGACACACACACACACCCCACACCACAUAGACAUACACCAUAUAUACAUACCACAUAGACACACAUCACACAAACACAUAUACACAAACAUGCACACCACACAUACACACACACACACAAAUACACACACACUACGCCAGACAGAUACACACCACACAAAUACAUAGACACACACACACCACCACCACCACCACCACCACCAAAGAAAAUGGCCCCAGGUGUCUUUUGCAAAGAGAAAUAUUUUAAGACAUAAAAUCUUAAUUGAAAUAUAUAGAUAACAAAUGUUGCAUUGGCAUAAAAGUUUUCCAGGAAGGUCUACAUUCCUGUCCUCCUCAGCUUCUUUGUCCCCUACUGGAGGUGAAGGUUGUUACACUUUGAGGGGAAAGCCUUACUUCCAGACUAGGGUGUGGCUCAGUACAAGAAUGCUUGCCCAGCACUAGCAUAGAGAGGCCCUGGCUUCCAAGCCUGGCUGGAAGAGAAAGAGAUAGAUAAAUGACAGAUAGAUAGAUAGAUAGAUAGAUAGAUAGAUAGAUAGAUAGAUAGAUAGAUAGACAGCAGACAGACAGACAGAUAGAUAGAUACCAACAGACAAAUUGUAUUUUUGAAACAUACCCCAGGGCAGGCAGGAAGACUAUGGGGACAAAGUUGGUCCAUGGUCCUCCCUGUAAGGUGCACUUCAGUGAAAGGCAUGCUGGUCCCUAGCGAGGCUUGGGAAUCUCUGUGCCAGUUCAGACUUGUGAAUGAGCUUGGGCAUCUUUGAGGAUGUGGAAGCCUUGAAUUAAGAUGUCUGCAGUCCGGAAGGAAGAAGAAAGAGUGGUGAUAUUUUUUUCCUAAAAAUCAGCACUGAGAGCUCCGGUGUAAGAGAAUAUAUAUUGUCACACGUUGAAGGACAGCAAUGCUAUUUCAUGCAAAGGGUUGUUUGGGAUACUUCAAGAGACAGUGACUCUGGGCAGCACGAUUGGAGAUCUGCAUUCUUCAUCUGUUCUCUAAGAAGACAGGACUGAGCAGCCGGCCUGGGAAGGUCAGGAAGGACAGAGUUGGGGACCACAGUUUCUAAGGACAAGGGGCUUGGAGGAGCCUAGAGGACAGGUGCAGGCUUUGGCCCAGAGUAAGCUCAGAGCAUAAUGGAAGUCUUUAUCUCUUGCCUUACCUAAGCUGUGACCUCUAUAACCCACCCAGCCAUCAACACGCUAAAAUAGGUGUUUUUACUAUGAAGAAGUUGCAUGGACAAACACUCCAAUGGCAGACCAUCUGAUCCAUUGAUAUUAUUUGGUUGCUAUCUGAAACUAGAACAUCCGUGCUUUGAUUUUAAAAUGAAAGUCAUACUAAUAUCUACCUUUCAGAGCAUUGUAAGGUUGGCUAUAGUCUUGUCUGUAAAAUUGCUUUUGGGGGAAGGGAAGUUACACUGUGCAAUUAUAAGUUGUCUACUGUAAGCUGGGCGGUGGUGGUGCACACCUGUAAUCCCAGCACUCUGGGAGGCAGAGGCAGGUGGAUUUCUGAGUUUGAGGCCAGCCUGGUCUACUGAGUGAGUUCCAGGUCAGUCAAGGCUAUACAGGGAAAACCUGUCUCGAAAAAACCAACCCCCCCCCCAAAAAAAUAAUAACAAUAAUAAUUGUCUACUGUAGAUCCUGCAUCUGGUUCGAAGGACGUGAAAAAGUUCAGGAUCACACUAGGGCCAGUGCCAUUGCAGAUGGACGCCACUGAUGCCUAACCAGCAGUUCCUUAGCAUUGUGCAGCAUAAAGCUAAAGGACAUGCUGGACCUCAGAGACACUGUGAGGAAGCCACAUAGAAUUGUUCAUGGCCUUUCGCGAGGAUAGCAGAUAGCGGAGUAGCUCUGCUUUCUCCAUGUUUGUGAGACUACGGCCUUUAGCCUUCGCAGUCUUCCCAGAGGGUCCCCUCCCUCCAUCACUGUAGGGAGCCCACUCCUGAGAACAACUGAGUAGCACCCCACUGGGUUCCUUACCUUUCUCAAGCACAGCCCUGCUUCUUUGCCUCCCCCAAAAAGACACACACAUUUUAACAUGUUAGGGAAAUGGAGCAGCCUUUAAAAUUGACCAGUGUGGCAGCCAGUGACUCAUCGAUAUGAGACCUUUCCAGGCUCGCUGGCAAGGCCCUUCCUGGUUGGCCUGCCUCUGUGGAUUCACGGAAACCAAAUUACUGUGGGUUGUGAAGAAUUAGCAGGUCAUUUUAAAAGCAGACAUACCUUCACCCAGACUGUGGUUUUUAUAUGCUCAGUCGGUGAGCCCCUGGGGGAAGGAUCAUUUUGGCUACUGGAAAAAACCAUAGCUUAUUUUUAAUUUCUGGUUGUCAAACUCACCACACGUGUGGUCUGUGGAUGACCCUCAUCUGCAGAGUUGACAAGAGAGAAGAACAAAAGGUGGUCUGGAGCUCAGGGGACCCUUACCUAGAAGUCACCACAAGACCUGUGCUAUCAGCUUCCCCCUGCCUGUUUUUCUCAGAACUAUCCCCUGCGGUGCUGUCUUUCUUCCCUCCUCUGGAGAUUUACCUGAAUCCCACCAUCGGGAGCCCUGUACAGUAACCCAUCACCCCAUAAUGCCUGUCCAAAGUUCACUCUGAGUAAAGCUCUUGCAGACCUCUCCAGAACAUGAGGACUGCGUCUCCAGUAGGAGCAGCUUGCUGGUAUUAUCAAGUUUUCUUUACUGUGUUUGAUUUUUUUACACUGAUAAAUAGAUAAAUAAAAUCCUGGUGUGUUUAAAAUUGG